UUUAUCUCUUUCUUAAAUUGGAAAUCUGGGCAAUUCUCUAUUGAAGAUGAUUCCGUUGACAGUUGCCUUUGCACUACAUAGCGCGACUUAAGUUGUUAUUUGUUAAGGACUUCACGAAAUUGCCGGUGUUCCGAUUGACCGAGAGCUGCUUGCAUUGCUAAGCAGAUUAAGAAGUUUAUCAACUCUAUAGAUAGCCACUGGCCAUGAAACGGUAUACAAACACAUCCGAAUUUGAAGCAAAGUACGAUUGAACUGUGUAAUGUAUUCUUUGCACGAAUAAGUGCUAAAAAAAAUCGAGUGCGAUGUUUUGAUGGCAAUGUCGUGUUCCAGAAACAAGUCAUAUUUUCUAAACUAAACACAAACACUAAAUGUGAACCUUUUGUGAAAACUCAAACGGUUGACUGGUUAUAUUAUGCCUAGAAGCCUUAGCUGACAAGUAAGUAUGACGUCACGUACGAUGCUGAGAAAGGGUGGUAGUACGUAUUAUAACAUGCGGGUACGCUAUUCGUGCGCACAGCAGGAGCCGCGAACAGGAGCUAGUACAUAAUACACAAACUACACAACCACACACUACUUUAAUCGCAGAGCGUGGAGCAGGAUCGUUCGCUUGUCACUAGAAAACUUUUCUCACCCAACUGCGACUUACAAAAACGGAAGGCAAAUAACCGAUACAUCAGUCUACUGCUUUCAAACUGGAAUAUCCGAUUCGAUUGGCUGUUUACAAACGAUAAAUUAAACAACAUGUCCUAAAUGGCACUCGAUAGAGACACCUGGAAUAUACUUUGGAACACUCUUGUUUCAGUAGCUGAGCAGACGCUAUAGCGAGGGAUCCUUUAUAAGUUCCAGACGUUUAUGAGGGGUUUCUAUCGAUUUGAAAGUUUCGAUUUGCAUUCAUGCACCCGUUUUACACGUCGUGAUUAUUACGUAGCUGCCUCGCCGCAGUAUUGAAUCUAUCUGGAUCGUGGGGUACUAACAAAUCGAUAUGAUAUAUCCAGAAAUGGAAAUGGUUAUCGACCAGAAAAAAAGGGUGAACUCCCCGAUGUCUUGAAUGUGAUCGUCUGUCCUAGGAGUCGAUUGGAUGCCGACUUUGUCACCAAUCAUGGAAAUGCUCACGACUGUACACGCCAUGGGUUCGAUACCCAUGGUAGACUCUAGUAACAUGACUCGAUUGGAAUGUGAGUUUCAACCGUUGAGAUUGUUAUACUUGAUACCUUUCGUACUGAUCACGAUGUUAGCCGUUCCAGGGAACCUGCUCGUCAUGGCCGCCGUUUACCGCGAGAGACGACUCAAGACUCCGACCAACGUCCUCGUCGUCGGUCUAUCCGUCUCUGACCUGACCAACGGAACCCUCUCCAUACCAGCCGCCUAUUUUUGGUUCGUAAGCUACUGCGACGACCUCGUCGUCCUUUACUUUCGUUUUAUCGCAAGAACUUGCUGUGCCUGCUCGGUCGUUCAUCUUGUUUUGAUAUCCAUCGACCGGUACGUCUCGGUGGCGAAACCUUUAAAAUACCAAUCGCUGAUAACCAGAAGGAGAGCGAGAAAGGGUUCGUUGAUAACCAUGUUGGUGAUCAUUCCGUACAUGUUCACCGUCGUCAUUCUAUUCCAUCUGGUUGAGAUCGGUCGAAUCGACGUCAACGAGAUGGUAUUCGAAAUAUUCUGGAACUACAUACCGUCGUCGAUGAUCUUGGUGGCAAUGAUAGUGACGUCGAUCAUCUAUAGCUACGUUUUCUACCAGGCUCAUAAACUUCGAACCAGGAUGACAUCGAUGAUGCGGAACAGUCAUAGAGCACCAACUGCUCAAAGCUCUCGAGCUAAACAGAUCAGAGCCACUAAGACCCUUGCCUUCGUCGUCAUUGCCUUUGCCAUAUGUUGGUUACCCAUCUGUAUUAUAUUAUUUGUCGACUCUAGCGGUACUGGCUACAACCCAGACCUUUCCAUAGGACCAACGAUGGCCUACUAUGCCAACUCUAUUAUGAAUCCCUUGAUCUACGCCCACAGGAGCAAGGACUUCCGCAAUGCAUUCAAAAGGAUCAUAAGGGAUGUUGCCAGAUGCGUUACGGGAGGUAAGCCCGAAAUGCAACGGACAGCGUCUACCAUGUCCUCAUCGCAAAGGCCUAGUGUAUUCGAAGGGUCGUCGAACAGUGCAGACUUAAAACGUAAACGUGCUGUUGGCUUGAAGUCUAAUGCUCAUGUCGACUUCAAGUCUAAUGCUGAUGUCGACUCGAAUUCUAAUGGAGAAGUCGACAAGAAAUCUAAUGACGACAUCGACAUGAAAUCUAAUGGCGAUGUCGACAUGAAAUCUAAUGGCGAUGUCGACAAGAAAUCGAAUGGCGAUGUCGACAUGAAAUCGAAUAGUAAUGUAGAUUUGACAACGAAUGGUACUACUGAACUCCAAGAAGGAGAAAUCAAUGUUGUAAUCAGCGAUCGUGAUAUGGUAUGACCCAUUACUAAUGACAUGGAAUGUAUAUUCGUGGUAUCUAUCCCCGGUAUCUGUCACAAGUAUGGAAAAGCCAGGGAUACCCAAAUCUAGAAUGUGUUUCAAUUCCCAUUUUCAUAGAAAAAUAUGAUAUAAAGUAUUGCAUGUACAUGCGUCACUGUUUUGAUAAUUCUAUGUAUUAUAUUCCUCUUUGUUUCCAAAGGGAUGUUGCGUGCAUUUUCUUUAGGAAUAAAUUAUGUCAUUGGUGGAUUUCCAUAGUUGGAAAUGGUCAGGGUCCCGUUACACAACAGAUUGAUCUUACGCUUGAUAUUUACGAUUGAUUGUAUAUUGUAGUCAAUGCAAUCGAUCGUAGAAAUUGUUUUACGAUCAUUGCUAUGCUUUGUGUUAUACGGGCACCAGGGGCCCGUUGCAGAAAGAGUUGCGUUUAAACGCAAGCCAAAAAAUCAAUCGCGAGUCAAAAAUGCGCGCU